AUGAGCACCGCCCAGAGGGCCCAUUAUUCCCCACCAUGGGCGAACACCAGCCUCAUCGGCGUGGCUGGUAGUUCCGGUUCAGGAAAGACGACUCUCUCCCUGGCGAUCAUCUCCGCCCUGAACCUGCCAUGGGUCGUGAUCCUGUCCAUGGACUCAUUCUACAAGCCGUUGACCCCAGAGCAGUCGGCCAAGGCUUUCAGAAACGAAUAUGACUUCGAUGCACCCGAAGCCAUCGAUUUUGAUCUCCUUGUAGAGGUGUUGCGCGACAUUAAGCAGGGUAAAAAGGUAGAAGUUCCAGUGUAUUCCUUCUCCAAGCAUAACCGCGAAGAGAAAACAACCACCAUUUACUCGCCACACGUCCUCAUUCUCGAGGGCAUUUUCGGCCUGCACGAUCAGCGCGUGUUGGAUUUGCUCGACCUAAAGAUUUUUGCGGACGCCGAGCCCGACCUGUGUCUUUCACGACGACUUGUGCGCGAUGUCAAGAGUCGUGGCCGUGACAUCGAGGGCUGUAUCAAGCAGUGGUUCUUGUUUGUGAAGCCCAACUUUCACAGAUACGUUGCACCUCAGCGAGAGGUUGCAGACCUUAUUGUCCCACGUGGUGUUGAGAACAAGGUUGCUAUUUCGAUGGUUACCGACCGCAUUCACAAGAUUCUCACGCUGAAGUCGAGGAUGCACCAAGCCGAGCUCAUGCGUCUGGGUAAGCUCGCAGAGGAAAGUUCUCUGUCAUCCAAUGUCAUUGUUCUUCCAGAGACAAGGCAAAACAGGGCCAUUCACACUCUCCUGAUCAACCCAAGUCUUGAUCGCGAGAACUUCAUCUUCUACUUUGAUCGCAUUGGCGCUCUGCUGAUCGAAGAGUCUCUUGUCUGCAUGCACUUCGACGUAGUCGAUGUCACCACGCCUAUGAACACGGUCUACCGAGGCCUAAAGCCCACUGGCGAGACGAGCGCAGUGACGAUCCUCCGUGGCGGCAGCGCAUUGGAGAGGGCUUUCAGAAGGGUACUUCCUGAUUCAAGGAACGGAAGGAUCCUCAUCCAGACCAACCAUCGAACCGGAGAACCAGAAUUGCAUUACAGGGCGCUCCCGAAGGACAUCGAAAAACAUGAGCGCGUCCUGCUUAUGGACUCGCAAAUGUCAAGCGGCGGUGCAGCUCUCAUGGCAGUGAAGAUCCUGGUUGACCAUGGCGUUCCGGAAAAGAAUAUCGUCUUUGUCACCUAUAUGGCCGGCAAAUUGGGCGUAGGAAGGCUAACACACGUCUUCCCGGAUAUCCGCGUAGUUGUCGGACGCCUGGUUGAUGAUUACGAGGAGAGAUGGGUCGAGAAGAGGUAUUUCGGACAUUGA